AUGUCUAUUCUAUUUGUUGGGGUCGGCGACGGAGAUUUUACGCAUUUCCGGAAGUUAUGCGCCAAGAAACGGCAUUCACCGCGAGACGCCGUAGAGUUCAUCGAGCUAAACGAGAUCCUCGACCGGUCCGAGGCGGCAUCCGACAGCAAGAAGAGGAUCUGUGAACAGAGUCUCCACUCAGUCCCCCGGCACUUUCUUCAGCACAUGCAUGGCAAGGGGAUCGCCGCCAAGCCCCCGAUCCAGGUUUGCCGCUCGCCGCUAUUCCACUCAUCCUUCCUCAUCCCGGACCGUCCGUCCGAAUUUCAUCUAGACGAGAUACCAUCGCGUUCCCCGCAACUGAUAACUCCGAUAUUGGUGGAAAGACGUGGAAGUGACUCACUCGACCUAGAAGAUCGAAUGAGAAACUGCUUAAAUGUGCGCGUGCCCGAACGUUCCCAUUCCGCGCUGCAAACCUCUCGCGAACAGUUCCAAAGGCGAUUGCUCGAGAGGCGCAAGGCAGUGCACUGUCCGGAUCCAACUGAUAUG